CGUUCCGGGAGCCGCCCCGCGGGGGCCGAGCCGGCAGCCGCGGCGGCAGGCGGCGCAAGAUGGCGCGGGGCUGCGGGCGCUUCUUCUGCACGGCGGGACGCGGGCUGGAGCCGUUCCUGGCGCGGGAGGUGCGGGCGCGCCUCGGAGCCACCCAGGUGGACUGUGUCUCAGGAAAGGUCUUCUUCAGUACGGAGGCAGAGCCAGGUGAGCUGAGGAGGCUCAAGUCUGGAGAGCGACUGUUCCUGCUGCUGAAGAGACACCCCCCACUUGCAGUGUCCAGAGAUAGAGGAAGAAUGCUGCAUGAGAUGAAGAGCCUUGUCCUUGAGGAACCAGAGUCUUGGCUGGAUGUUCUCUCUGUCUGGAGAAAACUUCAUGGGGGCAAAGGGCAAAAAGAUGGUGUCUGUGAAGAAAGCCAACUGCCUCUGAAGAGAAGAGCAGAAGAGGAGACCAAUGGUGCAACUAAAAGGCUGAAAGCAGAGCAAGAGACAGAGGUGGUGUCUGAGGAAGGUCAUGCAAAAGCUGGAGAGAAGCAGGUGGCUGCAGAGAGCAGCGGAGGUGAGGAGUGCUGGGCUGAAGGCAAGAUGUGCUCAGAAAAGCCUCCCCAGGGCAGCGAGGAGCAGCCUGCUGGCCGGGAGCAGCCCAGCUUCAGAGUCUCCUGCCGUUGCAGUGGAGCCAUUGCCAAAGUGCUUCCUUCCCAGGAGCUGGGCAGAGCCCUUGGCAUAGCACUCAUGAAGCAGUUCGGGUGGCGCGUGGAUCUGCGGGACCCUGAGCUGGAGGUCUUUGUACAUCUUAAUGAUAUUCACACUGUGGUGGGGAUUCCCCUUUUCAGGCUUUCGCUGGCCAGCAGGGAGUACAUCAGGACAGCAGGGCUGCGCUCAACGAUCGCCUGGGCCAUGGCAUCUCUGGCUGAUAUCAGUGCUGGUGCUUGUGUGCUGGAUCCCAUGUGUGGGCUGGGAACCAUACUGCUGGAAGCUGCCACAGAGUGGCCUGAUGCCUGUUACUGGGGUGCUGAUAUCAGUGACUCACAGCUGGAGGGGGCAGAUGCGAAUAUUAGGACGGCAGGCUUGGGGGAUAAGAUUGAGUUACUUAAAGCUUCUGUGAAAGCCUUGCCCUGGCCUUCAGAAAGCUUUGAUGCUGUGAUCUCAGAUAUUCCCUUUGGGAAGAAGUUCAAGAUCACCAAAGACAUCCAGCUCCUUCCAGAUGUUCUUCAGGAAAUGGAAAGAGUACUUCGUGUGGGAGGGACUGCUGUGCUGCUGCUGAGCCAGGAGCUCCAUCAGCGCAUGGAUGGCCUCACCAAAGGUGCUGCGCAGCCCUCUCCUGCUGGCACGAGCGGAGCCGCCGCGGAAGCCCUGGGUAGCAGUGGGAAACCCUCCUCCUUGCUGGGCAGCAGCCAGACGUGCUGUGGGUCUCUGGUGCCGGAUGGUGUCUAUGGAGUCAGCCUUGGGAAGACAGCUGCGUUCAUACACAAGUACAGGAAGGUCUCCACAGAUGGGAAUCCAUUCCUGUCCUGCACGCUGCCAGGGGGAACUUGAACUCUGAGACACUUGGAAAGCAGCCUGGCAGGGACCUGCUGAGCCAAGCCAGCCCCGGGCCAUUUGCUGACUCACCUCACUCCUUUGGAUGUCCUCUUGUGCUGCUUUUCCCUUCUCUUUCCAGGAGAGGUGGAAGAUGCCUUAGGAUGCUUUGGAUGUUCUUCCUAUAAAAUCUUGGCAUGAGGCAGUCCUCAGAUGCUUCUUCAGGCAAAGCCUUUCAGCAUUGGGAGGGCUUUCUUCAGAAAAGGAAGAUUUCAUUUGCUGAACUGUCAGUGGAGUCCCGGGUACGGGAGCUGCCAGUGGGGUCCCACCUCCAGCAUUAUUUUUUGGGAAGCUAAUCUCCUCUGCAGAAGUCUCCAGCUCCUUCUGAGGACUUGCAGUCUUGGGUCUUACUGUAAAGUUCAUUCCUGAUGAGUUUGAAGUGUCACUGUUGGGGUUUCACCAUUGAGAACACUGUUGUUAUUGGUAGGAAGUUCAGCAAGGCCAAGUGUAGAAUCUUGAACCUUGGGAUGAAUAACCCUCUGCAGCAGUGCAGCUUAGGGGUCAGUCUGCUGGGAAGCAGCACUGCAAAGAAGGACCUGGAAGUUUCAGUGGCCAUCAAGUUCAUCAGGAGCUUUCUUGGCCAAGAAGGUCAAUGGUGUCCUGCAGGCAGCCUGUGACGAUACUUCACAGACUCUGGCUCCCACAGAUUCCAAGUAGGUGUGGCAGUAUCCAGAUUCUUGGGGAAGAAAAGUGAGAAGGAGAGAAACUUAGUGUGGUUCUUUGUGUAGAUUGAGACUGGAGAUUGGGAAAAAAUUCUUGACAGUGAGGGUGGGGGGAACACUGGCACAGGUUGCCCAGGGAGGUUGUAGCUGCCCCCUCUAUGCAGGUGUUCAAGGCCAGGCUGGAUGAGGCCGUGAGCACUCUGUGCUGGUGGGAGGUGUCCCUGCCCAUGGUAGGGGGUUAGAACUGGAUGAUCUCUGAGGUCCUUUGCACCCUAACCCAUUCUGUCAAUCUGUGAACAGUCUCCUUUAGGAGGAUGACUGCUGGCUUGCUUGCCACUGAGGAGUGCUUCAGAUUCUGACACGAUUUAAAGCACAGUUACAACCCCCAAAGUGAUCAAUGGGUGGCCAAUUAGUGCACUUAACUGCUUCAGAGCUAGUGGAUUUACAGCUCAAACGUGUACUUCCCUUUAUGUAGCUGUGUGACUUCAGUCGAGACCAUGGAAGUAGCACACUGAAGAGAAAUUCUUUGGCUGAUAAUUCCCUGGGCAGCAGUGUCUCCCCACCCUCACUCUCAUAGAAUCAUUCAGUCAGGGUUGGAAGGAACAAGGAUCAUCUAGUUCCAACCCCCCCUGCCAUUCAUGUCAAGAAUCUCUUUCUCAUCUCCAGCCUAAGUCUGCCCUCCUCCAGCUUCAAUCCCUUCCCUCUCGUUCUAGCCUUUUUUAAAGCCUUUUAUAAAGUCCCUCCCUAGCUCUCCUGUAGCCCCUUCAGGUACUGCGAGGAUGCUCUAAGGUCUCUCUGGAGCCUUCUUCAGGUUAAACAGCCCCAACUCUCCCAGCCUGUCCCCACAGGGGAGGUUCUCCAGCCCUCUGAGCAUUUUAUGGCCUUCUCUGGACCUGCACCAGCAGUUUGCUACCCUCCUCUUGUUGGGCACACGAGACCGGGGCACAGUUGCAGUUGUCCUCUCAGCACUGUCUGCAGCAACGAGCGCCAACAUCGACACCCCUUUCCUGCUUCCCUUUCUUCGCAAUGUGGAAACUGUAACGCCUCCCAAGGAAAGCCCUAGCUCCCCAGAUGAUCUGUGUCAUCACGUCGCGUUAUGCUCUCCUAUUCCAUUCCCGUCGGAACCCUCCCCUUGGAUUGGUUUGUUCCUGCCCUCUGCUGGCAGCGCAGCGCUAAUGCAGUGCCAGGGAUGGGCCAGUGCUGCUUCAAUGAGGCGAGAGUGCCUCAGGCGCUCGCAAACGGCUUCCACCAAAUCCCAUCUAGCGGAGGACGCCUCUGCUGACCGCAGAGGGGCUGGGAACGGACGACCUUUAGAGGUCCCUUCCAAGCCAGCCCAUUCUGUGAUUCCAAACACUUGCCACUUGACUUUCUUGUAUCGGAGGUUUUUUUAAAAGAAAUACAUUUUAAAUAUUAACUAA